AUGCUCAAGACCUGGAAUGCGUACGUCGAGAAAUGGCGCAAGCCCGGCCGCAAUCGAGGCUUGGGUUUCACCAAGGGCUUUCCCAAUUACCCCGAGCCUUUCACUAUGAAAGUGCCCUUCUUCCUGGGAUGCAGUCCAGCGCCAUGCACAGCAAGAAUAGAACAGCAACUCCCUCGCUGGCAAGCGGUACUCCUAGGGCGCCUCCGGACUGGCUGCAUUCCCCUGAACGCACAUCUUUACAAGAUCAACUUGGCAGAGUCACCCGAGUGCGAAUGCCUAGAGGGGCCGCAGACCGUCGAGCAUAUCCUCAUCCAUUGCCCGCACCUGGGGGACCAGAGGUGCGCACUGAGGUCAGAACUUGGCCACCUGGACUUGAAGCUGAUGCUCUCCGCCGCCGACGAUGCUCGUGUCACUGUCACAUGGUUCGCCAUGAACGCCCCCGCGAUGCGGCACCAAUACACAGCCGUGCUUGGCGACAAAUCUCUGGUGCGCGAACGAAAGAGCGAGAGGCCGGGGGAGGUCGCGCCCUCUGAGCCUCCGAGCCUCCACCACCGAUCAGGUCCCUGGAUCUCUGUCCCCCACGGCCGACUCGACAAUCCGACGCACUGUCUCGAUGCGCAUCUUGUUCGCGAUGAUCAGGAGCUUCGCGGCGUUGUUGAACGUUGCCUCCUUCCGCCAGCGCUUGAUAUCGUUGAGGCAGCUGACGAUAUUCCCUUGGAUGGCAUCACAUGCUCGAAGGCUCUUCAAAUCGAGCUCGAACAGCUUCAAUUUGGUGUCGUCGUCUGGAUUUAUCAGGUCGUCGGGGCUUGCGUAUUCGUCGAGUGGUUCUGGAUUUCGGUCGAGAUAUUGCUCGAGGUUGUCGUAAUGUCGAAGAACCGUCAAACCCCGUGCGAGGAUCCGUCCUUAUAUAGGGCUCUCAUGACUCAUCUGAUGAAGGUGUACGAAGGUUUCGCUAGUGGCGUUGAGGUUGAGUGA